ACAUUGUAUGGGUCAAAUUAUCAAUUUUUCUUUUAUGCCAAAAAUCAUUAGGAUAUUAAGUAAAGAUCAUGUUCCAUGAAGAUAUUUAGUAAAUUUCCUACAGUAAAUAUAUCAAAACUUAAUUUUUAAUUAGUAAUAUGCAUUGCUAAGAACAUAAUUUGGACAACUUUAAAGGUGAAUUUUUUUUUUUUUCAAUAUUUCGUGUUUUUUUUUGCACCCUCAGAUUCCAGAUUUUCAAAUAGUUGCAUCUCAGGCAAAUAUUGUCUUAUCCUAACACACCAUACAUCAAUGGAAAGCUUAUUUAUUCAGCUUUUUGGUAUGUAUAACUUUCAAUUUCGAAAAAUGGACUCUUACGACUGGUUUUGUGGUCCAGGGUCGCAUUUUUGGGUAUUUUGUUUUGUUGUUUUUUUUUUUUUUGAAAAACCUACUGUUGUGAAUUAGUCAAAGGUUUUUCACCUGAUUGGAACCAAAUGAGUGCAGCAAGGGACAUAAAAAUGACCCAUUAGUCAGAUCGACUCAAAAAUUGGUAUGCCGUGUCUUUGUCCAAAGUGCCACAAGUGUCUGCAAGGAAAGAAAUCAGCCACUAGUUGGUGCUAACGAGUUUAUUUCAUACUUUUGAUACAGUGAUGGGACGCCUUUAUUAAAAUGCCUAGAACUCUUGAAUGGAAAGAGAUAUUUUUGCUAAACUCAGAACACAUAUGUAAGAGCUCGAUCUAAGGUCACAGUAAAAAAAUCUGUGGAGUUUGGCCACUUGGUGGCGCUGUAACGGGGAAAAAAAAAGGUAAAAACAGUUAUGGCUACAAACCCGUUAAUCCGAUUUACUGAAAAAUUUGUAUUCCAUGUCUUUGUCUAAAGUGUCACAAGUUUCUACGAGGACAUUUGUGUAUCUAAAAAAAAAAAAUUCAUCAGCCAAUGAAAUUUGAGCACCUGUUAGACAAGGUUAAAGGUGGCGGAUUGGAAUGAAACUCGGUGGGCAUGUUCGACUCAUGGCCCUAGAGGUCUUGAAGAAUUUUGAAAGAAUUUGUCCACUAGUUGACGCUAACGAGUUUUAUGCCUCUGUAAUCACGUGGUGUUUCACACAUCCACACAGUAUUCACAUCAUUUGAUAGAUCUCCUCAUACUGAGCAACUUUGCCUCAAGAACCACUCCCGUCAAUCCAAUCACUUGUUAUAUUCUCGAUGUAAUAAACCAUAACUAAUUCGCUCAACCUCAAUAUCAUUUUCUGGACUCUCUAUAUCAAUGAAAUGACAAACUUUACCCUUUGGGUAGCUAUAAUGGGGUUGUUUAGAAAAGGGGUGUGUCCAAAUAUACUCAAAAGCCUAUAAAUCCUAAACAAAAAACUCAAAACUUUUCAAAACUAGAUGAGAUUGGACCAUAGUUGGCACUGUAACAGUUUAAAAAAAAAGCUUCAUAAACACUAUUUCUUUCGUAAUUGACCUGGAUUUGUCAAAAAUGCUUUUGUAAAUCAUUGAUUUGUGGUUACAGGCUUGCUAAAUAAUAUGUAAUGUCUGUUUUUUAUAGUGUUUGAACCCUGAUAAUCGCUGUAUUUAAACAUGAUUUUGUUAAAGUUGCUUUGCAGUCAGACGGUCUAAUUGAGUAGUGUUUUUUUUUUUUGUUUUUUUUUAAGUUUUGUGUGUGAUAUUCUUCAGGUGGUCAGUGAAGAAAGUGUGGGUGGGCCGUGGGUGGCCUGUCUGAGGUUGAUACUACUCUCAAAUAUAGUAGAACUGGUCUUGGUAUCAUUAGCAAAUGAAAAUAAUAUGUCAGCCAGUGAAGUGCACAGUACUUUUGGGCAUUAAUGAUCUUUUUCAGAAGGCAGAUGUGGCUCAAUUGGUGUGCUACCGCAGAUCAAUAUGUGUAAUGAUACAAUCACAAGAAACCGCAAACGAGUCGCUACUUUUCAUCUGUUCAUUUCUCUUCAACACUCAUUAUAGCAGCAUGUUGUGCUACUAGUUAGCAAAAUUAAUUCAGUCUGAUGACGCACGUUUUAAAGAUCAAUCCUGCGAAUGAUUUAAGCUGGUCUUGUUACCCAAUGGCGUGCCUGGAAAAAGAAAGGCAGACCCAUCAGAAAUGGUAAGUUGUGGGUUUUUUGUUGUCGUUUUUUUUUUUUUCUCCCUGAUUACCAUGACAACAACAUGCUGUUUUUGGCACACAAAUUUCCCUCAUUCAUCUGUUUGCCUUGUCUGCAGAGCCAAGACAUCGUCAGCAUCAAAAUAACUUCUCUUUGUCAAAUAUUUGUGUGGAAAAGCCUCUCUAGUCUCGUAUGCAUGUGGCCCAUGUUUGUCGUCGGUGAGAGACUGUCACCAGCUAAUGAGAAUUCUUACUCCUCCAUGAGCAAGUGUUGAAACUAUUUGAGUUUAACAAGCUGGAAAUAACUAUGCCACAUCAAAUGCCUUCAAGAGUUUCUUAAAAUCACAUUUGAUUAGAGCCAGACUAAUAUACAGCUUUUAUUGUAAACAGCUUUGAAUGGCCUAAAUUGAAGCUGAAGUUGAAGUUGAAAUAGAACAGCGUGUCAGGGCCACUUUUGUUGGCAAAUUGCAAAUCUUUCCAUCUUUAUCACUGUCUGUCUCCCUCUCUUCAGUUGCCUUUUAAAAGGUAAAAGGUUUUUUUUUUUCCCCCACUUUGUGAUGUUCAUUGUCCUAUAAAUACUAUUCCGGUUGCAUGUAUGAGCGUUAAUCUACAGUUUUGUUAGAUGCAAACUAUAAAUUAUGCUUUCUUUGUCACUCAAAUGCUAACAAUGAAAUAAUGGUUCUGAGUGGACCAAAGCAUGUUUGAGAACUGCAACGCUGCGGAACAGCCGAAGCUGAACUUUCGUCAGGCGGGCAGCACCCUCAGUCCAGCAGCCUCCAUUGACACAUCUGCAGGAUCAAAGACCGGAGGCAGCCAGCACCUAAAAAACGCCCUGAACUUGGGUAAAGCCAUGGGGGCGAAAGUAAACGACCUUCUCCGCCGAAAAGAUCCCAGCACCCUCGGAGACAUCGGCGUCACAGAGGUGAAUAAGAACGUGGAGCCGGUGUGGUCCAGCCUGGCUGAGAUGGGCCACACUACAGCAAGAAACAGUCACAUCUCCUUGGAUUCCUUCCCCCGGCUAGAUCCCCCACCUCCCACCGGCAAAAAGCGUCUUCCACGUGCCCUGAAGACCACCCAGGACAUGAUGAUAUCCUCUGACCCCGUGGUAGCCUCCCCAGAAUCCUCCUUCGUCUCCUCGCCCGAAAAGAUCUCCAAAGAUAAAGCUGAGCUUCAGCCCGAACCGAGCCCUGAAAAGCCCAGCUUUGAGAAACCUUCAGAAUCCGGCGACCGUGUCGACAGCCAGACGGAGAAGACGCCCGGUUUAGAACUAAAAAACGAGCCCACAGCUGUGGUGACGGAUGAGAAGAAUUCAGAGGAUGUCGAUCCAUCACAGCUGCUGCUCUCCGUUCCAGAUCUCAUUCACAAAGACAAUCUGGACCCAAAGAAACUGGCCGCCUCAGAAACUAGAAUGGCUUCCACCCCUUGUCCAGGGAAAGGGGGCUGCCGCAUCAGCGUCACCGAGGGGGAAUUGUUGGGGAACGGCACAGUGGAUUACCGGAUUUCCGUCAACUUGGAAAACGAAGAAUCUCACCCUGACCUGCUGUCAUUUGAAUAACAGGCUGGAGAUCCUUAAGAUCUUUGAUUCUCCAAGCGAUGACGAAAGUCAUUUAAACUGCUUUUAUUUUGCAUUUCAUAUUUUGCCUUUAUAGCAAAGUACCACUGAUUGUACUUAGUUAUGUCGUAGAUAUAAUUAUUGAAAUGAUGAAAUCACUAUUGUUUUAUAAUCGUAGCACCAUAAUUAAUUCAAAAGAUUGUAUUUUAAAGUAUUUGUGGACCUGUAUUAAAAAAAAAACAUGAUGAAUCAAUUCAUGAAUUAGAAACCAAAGUCAAUACUACACUGCAAAAAAGAGUUUUUAAUUAGUAUUUCUUGACUUUUUUUCCAGUUUAAUAUUCCACUAGAACUUAAAAAGACAACACUGCAUAAGAUAUUAAGAUUUGUUCUUGUAUCCUAAAUAUUAGUGAGUUUUGUAUUUCUUACUGCACUAGAAGAUUUUCACUUGUUUUAACUAUAAACAAAACUAAUGUUACAAAAGAUUUCGGGUUCAUACAAAUGCUGUGCUUAUGAACUUCAAAUCAAAUAAUCCUUAAACAAAUGUAAUCAAUCAGCAUAUUAGAAUGAUUUCUGAAGAAUCUUAAGACUGGAGUAAUGGCUGCUGAAAAUCCAGCUGUGCCAUCAUAGGAAUAAAUUAGAUUUUAAAAUAUAUUUAAAAAGAAAAAAAGCUAUUUUAAACUACUAUUUCACAGAUGUACUGUUUUUACUGUGUUUGGUCAGUUAAAUGCAGCCUUUGUGAAAGAGAGACUUCUUUUAAAAAAACCAAAAAAUCUUACCAGCCCCAACCUUAUAUUAUUGAAAAUGAGUCUUUGUAGUGUUGUAGAUUUUAUUUAUCUUGUUUAAAGACCAUUUUACUGGAAAAAUAUACAAAAAUACUAAUUAAGAAUAUACAGUUAAAGUCAAAAGUUUACAUACACCUUGCAGAAUCUGCAAAAUGUUAAUUGUUUUAAAAUAAGAGGGAUCAAAAUAAGAGGGAUCAUGCAAAAUGCAUGUUUUUUUUUUUGUUUUGUUUUUUUUAUUUAGUACUGACCUGAAUAAGAAAGAUGUUUACAUAUACUCCACAACAGAAAAUAACAGUUUAAUUUAUAAAAUGACUCACAUACAGCACAUACAGCACAUACACUUGAUUCUUAAUACUGUGUUGUUACCUGAACAAUCCACAGCUGUGUUUUUUUGUUUAGUGAUGGUUGCUCAUGAGUCCCUUGCUUGUCCUGAACAGUUAAACUACCCGCUGUUCUGUAGAAAAAUCCUUCAGGUUGCAAAAAUUUAGAUUUUCAGCGUUUUUGUGUAUUUGAACCCUGUCCAACAAUGACUGUAUGAUUUUGAGAUCCAUCUUUUUCUUCAGGACAACUGAAGGACUACUACAGAAGGUUCAAACACUCACUGAUGCUUCAGAAGGAAAAACUAUACAUUAAGAUCCAGGGGGUGAAAACUUUUGAACAGAAUGAAGAUGUGUACAUUUUUCUUAUUUUGACUAAAUAUCAUAUUUUUUUCAUUUAGUACUGCCCUUCAGAAGCUACAGAAGGUCCUUACAUGUUUCCCAGAAGACAAAAUAAGUUACAUUCACCCUGAUCUUCAAAUUCAAAAGUUUUCACCCUCCGACUCUUAAUGCAUUAUGUUUCCUUCUGAAGCAUCAGUGAGUGUUUGUACCUAUUGUAAUAAUUGCAUAUGAGUUUCUCAGUUGUCCUCAGUGUGAAAAGAUAGAUCUCAAAAUCAUACAUUCAUUAUUGGAAAGGGUUCAAAUAAAACAAAUUGCUGAAAAACCAAAGAAUUUGUGUGACCUGAAGGAUUUUUCUAAAGAACAACAGGCAGUUUAACUGACUCAUGAACACACACAAAAAAAAAACACAGCUUUAAAUCAUUCAGGUAGCAGCACAGCGUUAAGAAUCAAGUGUAUGUAAACUUUUAAGUCAUUUUUAUAAAUUCAUCUAUUAUUUUCUUUUGUAGACAAUAUGUAAACAUCUUUCAUGUGAAAUAUCUUAUUCAGGUCAGUACUAAAUAAAAAGUAACAAGCAUUUUGUAUGAUCCCUCUUUUAUUUUGGUCAAAUAAUUAACAUUUUGCAGAUUAUGCAAAGUGUAUGUAAACUUUUGACAUCAACUGUAAUUUUUGCAGUGUUACCAUUAUACCUCCAAAGCUGUCUUUGCAGUUCAUAAGUGGGCAGCAUUUCAUGUCUUAUGUGUUUUUUGUUUGUUCCAUAUCAAUUUUACAUCUGUCGCUUUCAAGUUUUCUCUGAACUAAUUUCUUUCUAGUUUCCACAUCUCUGAGCUUGUGCUCAAUGUCAUAAUCAGUGACUGUAUGAGCGAGCGCACAUGGCCUUGAGUCAGUCUAUAAAGCGUUAUGCACCUAACGCCAGCAGUAUGUACUGCUUCCAUGUUGUUUUUGACACUAUGCGACCUCUAGAUCAACUUUCUCAGUCUCAUGGAGAAAGUCUAGGAUCCUACCUAUGUAAGCCGUGUCAUAGCAAUAAUAGUCAAGGUGAUGAUGGCUGGAGGAAUGUCAGUAAUGAGGCUCAGUCAACAUGAAGGUAUGCAGAAGGGUUCCGAAAUUCCCUGGAAUGCCAUAACUCAACACUAAUCUCGAUUCUCAUCCUCAUGUUUGUGUAGACAGCCCGACUCCCAUGACAUUCUCUCAAGCCUGUUCUUUAUCCCACACAGUGGUUCCUCCAGAGAGAUUUCGGGCUAUUCUGAUGCUAACAAUGCCACUAUUUACGCUCCCGUUAUUUAUAGAGAUAUACUGACAUUCUGCGUAGAUGUACUGAGAUGUUGAUUGUAACUCAAAUCUGGGAUGAAAUAGCUGAUACGGAUUAUAAAAGAUGACUUAGAAGUUGUAUGUAUUGGCAUUAUAGCAUUAUCUAAGCGCUUUAUGAAUUUUUAUUUUUUUUUCAUACCAUGUUUUGGUAACACUACCAUUUGUGCAAUGACGCAUAAGAACUCAUAAUAGUGUAAACACUAAAAUGAGAAUUGAGAGUAAAGCAGAUACAUUUGCUGUUGAUAAAUCAAUAUGGACCACAUACUAUGUUACUUGACCGUCAGAUAUGAAGUCAAAGUAUUUUAUGAUGCCUGUGUAUAUGGUGAUAAAACAGCUGAAUGAAUGACAAAAAAGCAUAUUUAUCUUAUAGUUUAGCUUUUUUAGACGUUGUUUAGAGUUGAGAAGAUUCUUGAUGGAAACUUAAAGGAAUAGUUCACCCAAAAAUGAAAGUUGGAUGAAAAUCCAUGCACUCACCCUCAGGCCGUCCAAGAUGUAAAUGAGUUUUCUUCAUAGAAACAGGUUUGACAAAUGGGUGCUUAAAAAUUUCUUUAGAAGUAGUUUGGACUGUUUUUGCUUUUAAACGGUGCUUGAUCUGUACAUAUUUCUCCCUGAUUUAGGCCAGAUAGCAAUAUUAUGGAUUGAGAACUCUAAAUGUUAACUGAUGGACUGGAACUUGUGGAUUACUUGUGAAUUAUUGUGAUGUUUUUAUCAGCUGUUUGAACUCUCACUCUGACGGCACCCAUUCACUGUAGAGGUGAGCAAGUGAUGCAAUGCUAAAUUUUUCCAAAUCUGCUAAAGAAACAAACUCAUCUACAUCUUGGAUGGCCUGAGGGUGAGUAAAUUUUCAGCAAAUGUACAUUUUUGGGUGACUGUUCAUUUAACCUGAUGGAAAUGUUUUUUCAGUUUUUUUUUUCUGUGUAAUGAUUAAUGUAUUUUAAUUUCAAUCAAAGUGGUCCCAUCAUUGUCUGUUUGAAUGAAGAAAAAAAGAAUGUUGAAGGAAAAACGCAUGUAAAUGAAGGUUUUAUGAGUGCACUGAAUUGUAUUUCGAGAAGCUGGGUAUAUUAAAGUGAUUUCUCAUUAUGCUAACUGUCUAUUCAUGAUGAAGUUUGGGUCUGGGUGCCUUUAUUUUCAGUAAAUGGAUUUUAUGCAACUUAUUUUUCAUUCAGGGCAGUUUAUAGAGCAGAAUUUACAGGGUCUGCACCACUGGAAUUAAAUGGCCUGCUUUAUGGCAUAACAACAGUAAAGCAGGACUUGAUUGCUUCGAGUCCUGUGUGGUUUACCAGAACUGUUUCUUAACCAUGAGGUUACCGUCACUCCAAAUCCAGACUAAACUGUCUGGAUAUUUCAUUCCACUGUCCAACUUAAGAAAUAUUUCAUAGAUUGAUGCGCAUGGACAAUAUCACAUGUAUUUACAGCUGCUUUUAUCAUUUUACUACUUUUUAUUAGCUGCAAGGUUAUUAAAUAUAUAUAUAUAUUUUUUUUUUGUCUAGUUUGUCCACUUCCUCAACUAUUGUUUGAAAUUACUUUUUCAUUUGUUUCAUUCCAAAAUCAUUUUAUCUGUCACAAGACUGUAUUCUGGUGCUCUGUAUAGUUUUAUCUUCAAUUCAGCUUUUGCUGAACUCAAAAAUGACUGUUAACAAGACACAAGGUGUUAGAAGUAAUUCUCCAGUGAAUUUGGGGCAGUGGGUGGGAUCUUCAUCCUCUAUCCUGUUCUGUGACAGUCUCAGUGUUUAUUGUAGUCUUAUCCUGUUUUACAGUUUCCUUUCCUAAAAUAUAACCUUGUGUCCUAUUUUAUCACCAGCCAGACAUUGUGUUUAGACUGACUACUUUAAGCGUGAAGGUAGCUUUUAAUCUGAAGAAAAGAUUUUGUCAUACGGGUGGAAUAAUGGACAACAGCAGAGUACUGAGAUCAGUUUUUUUUUUUUUUUUUAAGAGUUUAAUUAUUUUUCUCUCAGUAUGUGUUAUAUAUGGGGUUGGUGUGGAAUUGAACUCAUGGUCAUUGUUACAGCAGCCCACUUUGCUCUAAACAUGUCUCACCUGUUCCUGUGCAAUUCAGUCUGUUCAUCAUUGUAAUUGUUGUACUUGUACUUGUGAUUAAGUACAUUAUGAAAUAAAAUGUGAUUCGGGCAAAUGACA